AGAUGUCAAAGAACACCCCUGAACCAAUCAUCACAUCCUCAAAUUCUUCUCAUCAGUCGACGUAAUUACAUUGCCCAUCCACGUAAUAUGAAAGGACAUGUCAGUCGAAAAAUCAGUAACGAAGAGAAGCUGUUGAGUGAAUUAAAACAAAUGGGUUUCCGAAAUUCAAUGCUUAUCGAUUUAGCUCAAUUACCCAUGUCUGAACAGAUCAAAUUAGUUAUGAAUACGGAUAUAUUAAUCGAGAUGCAUGGUGCUGCAUUGACACUGAGUUUAUUCCUUCCGAGUACUUCAUGUUUUGUUGAAUUAUUCCCCGGCUAUUGUUGUGGUUCUAAUAAACACUUUUCAAAGUUGGCUGAACUACGUGGGAUUCAAUACAUGGCUUAUCAUGGUCUCCCUGAGAAUGAUGUGUCGUCUGAUUCGUCUUACAUUCCUGUAGAUCAAUUCAAGUUGAUUGUAUUGAAAGCGAGGAGAUUAUGGAGAAUGCGAAUGGAUAAGAGAACUGUGAAUUGUUAAAUUAUCAUGUGUUGAUUUUUUCUAUUUUCGAUAAAGACUUGGUGUUCUUGUCUCUUUCUCUCUCCCUCUCUCACUCUUUCCCUCCUCAUUUAACUUUCCAUACUUCUAGUUGAACAUCUCCUAUUGCAACUGGUGAUGAACUAAUCAUUUGUGAACAGUUGACGAGAUCUGUUAACUAUUUACAUGAACAUUGAAUUGUUUUUGCAAAUAGUUUGUGAUAUGUAUCCACAUGAUAUGUGUUUUGUUUUUGACAGUCUGUUAUAUUUUGCUAUGUGUAUAUGGAUCGAUAUUCCAUUAUAACUGACAUUUUGCUUUUGUCUGUCCACUAACUAAAUAAACAUGUAUGACCUUGUUAUCACAUGACAUAACAACCAAUCAUGUUAAGACUGUCUAUUAUUAGAUCAUGUGUAUUAGCCAUUUUCAUAUAUACUUUUGUAUUAGACACUUGUACAUUAUUCUGGUUCACACACAUUUCGUACAUUUGCACCUUUUCACUCACGCACUAGUGUGACAUUUAUUUUCCUUGUCUG